AGGGCUCUCCCCUGUGGGGUUUCUCACAGGCUGCUGCUUCCUGUAAGAAGGCACCAGCGGACAGCACCGCGGCUCUGGAACGUUUCAGACCCUCUGCACACCUCUUAAAACACAAGGGGACAAUUUAGACAAGUCCGCCGGCUCGGUCUAUCCGAGCUGUUUGCCUUCUACGCACUUCGAGACGAGGACCGCUGCAUAUUUACGGCUGAGAGGCGCAUAUUUUCACUGGAGCUAGCAGUGGCUAUGUGGCUAAUGGCUAGUAGCAGCAGGUAGAAAACCCGACAAGGAGCUGAAUACAGAACACCUGUCACUACACAAUCCUAUAGAUGAACCGACAAAGCUAUCCGACGUUUGAAGGGCACAUCGGCAUGCUGGGUUUUAGCAAACAAGCUAAGUGACAUGCUCCAAAAAGUGUAUAAUCUCUGCUUACGGUAACUAGCCACUUAGAGCGGUUCCUGUUGCUUUUUCGAACGGACUCUCGAGCACGGGCGAGGUCGGAUUAGCCCAGUUUACUCAAAUCUAGUGUUUUACAGAGAGGGAGUUCUUAGUUUAGGGGAUUUAGAAAUGGCUCCUAAAAGAAGACCCGUGCCUCUCAACAUUACGCCCAUUGGGGAGGGACAGGCCACCUCUAACACCAUUGAUGCUGCAUCAGAAGCCAACCUGGAGGCUCUGCAGAAGAAGCUGGGUGAACUGGACCUCGAUGAGCAGCAAAGAAAACGUCUAGAAGCUUUCCUCACCCAGAAAGCCCAGGUCGGGGAGCUGAAGGAUGAAGAUUUUGACCCGAUUUGUGAGUUGGGUGCUGGAAACGGAGGAGUGGUCAACAAGGUUCGCCACAAACCCUCGGGUUUGGUCAUGGCUCGAAAGUUAAUCCACCUGGAGAUCAAGCCUGCCAUCAGAAACCAGAUAAUCCGAGAGCUGCAGGUGCUGCAUGAAUGCAACUCUCCCUACAUCGUGGGCUUCUAUGGAGCCUUUUACAGUGAUGGAGAGAUCAGCAUCUGCAUGGAGCACAUGGAUGGUGGGUCUUUGGACCAGGUUCUCAAGGAAGCCAGAAGAAUUCCUGAAGAAAUACUUGGAAAAGUUAGCAUAGCUGUGUUGAGGGGACUAGCUUAUCUGCGAGAGAAGCACCAGAUCAUGCACAGAGACGUCAAGCCCUCCAACAUACUGGUCAACUCCCGUGGGGAGAUCAAGCUGUGUGACUUUGGCGUUAGCGGCCAGCUCAUAGAUUCCAUGGCCAACUCCUUUGUUGGAACUCGCUCCUACAUGUCGCCGGAGAGACUGCAGGGCACCCACUACUCUGUUCAGUCUGACGUGUGGAGCAUGGGCCUGUCCUUGGUGGAGCUGGCCAUCGGCCGCUAUCCCAUCCCCCCACCAGACGCCAAAGAGCUGGAGGCCAUCUUUGGUCGUGCCAUUAUGGACGGGGCAGAGGGAGAGGCUCACAGCAACACACAGAGGCCUAGACCUCCAGGCCGGCCUGGGAGUGGACAUGGGAUGGACAGCAGACCUGCCAUGGCCAUCUUUGAACUGCUGGACUACAUUGUGAAUGAGCCCCCUCCCAAACUGCCCCACGGUGUCUUCACCAGUGACUUCCAGGACUUUGUGACUAAAUGCUUGAUUAAAAACCCAGCUGAGAGAGCAGAUCUUAAGAUGCUCAUGAGUCACACGUUCAUCAAGCGGUCAGAGGUGGAGGAGGUAGACUUUGCAGGCUGGUUGUGCAAAACCAUGGGCCUGAACCAGCCCAGUACUCCCACCCGUGGCACCGAGUGAUCGAGCUGCCCCAAGUCUGACACAUUUCUGGGUCUCGCUGCAUACAUUUACACGGUCCACAAUGCAUGCUGGCACUUUUGGUUUUCUCCCCUUCAUUUUUGCUUUUGGGUAAAUAUUUUUUUAAGCUUAAUUUCUUUUAUUCCCUCAACGGCAGCAAAAGCCUGUUGAGUCGUUAUCGUACUGUAAGACCAUAGCUUCACCACGGCGGUCCAUAGCAGCCUCGGCCUACUUCGACGCUGCUGCAGAUGGUGUAAAGCACUGAAGGGCUGCUGCUCAGUCAUCACAGCUUAUUUUGUAAUGAAUCUGUAUUCAUCUUUUUGUUUUGUCACGGCGGUUGUGUUUUAUUAGCCUGCUGUUUAAAUUUGUUAAAAGGAAAAAGUCUAACAGCAAACACAAGAUUUGUUUAUGGGAGGAGAUCAGAGCAAUUUUAAAAAUAAAAUCUUUUUCUCAUUUA